AGUCUGGGCGCGUCGAGUGGUGUGUUCCGUGGAGCCUCCGAGAAAAGCAAGCGGAGGACGAGGUUCUGCGAGGAGAGAGACUCAGAGCAGUCUGGGAAGUGUAGUCCAGUUGGCUUAGCCGGAGAUUCGGGGUGAGCGCCGAGGUUCCGGGAACGGGCUGAACAGGUCUGAAAAGAGACUGUGACUAUGCCUCUUAACUCUGUAGCUGGAGCAUAAGAACUGUUUGUUUAAUGAAUGACCUAUCCAUUUAGGACCUAUUUAGACCCUGAGGAUAACCCUGUGAAUUGUGUUGGUUUCAUUAUGCUGAGACGAAAACCAACCCGUCUGGAGCUGAAGCUUGAUGACAUUGAGGAGUUUGAAAGCAUUCGAAAGGACCUGGAGACCCGUAAGAAACAAAAGGAAGAUGUGGAUGUUGUAGGAGGCAGUGAUGGAGAAGGUGCCAUUGGGCUCGGCAGUGACCCCAAGGGCAGGGAACAAAUGAUUAAUGAUCGAAUUGGUUAUAAACCCCAACCCAAGCCCAACAAUCGUUCAUCUCAAUUUGGAAGUUUUGAAUUUUAGAGGUGGAUUAUCUUGUGUGCCAGAGCCCUGGAAUGGAGUAAAAUGAUGGCAGAAAUACAAACAGGAUUUAGAGAACUGAGUGCUUGCAGUCAAGCUGAAUAUUUUACGUCCUGCAGAGAGAGAUACUUCUGCAUGAGAUUUCUGAUGCUUAACUUUCACUCUGAAAGCUGAAAUUCAAACUCUGGUUUGUCUCUGGAAAAUCUGACUCGAUAAAC